AUGGUUCUCUUCAAGUCUCCCUAUCCUUCCAUCACCAUCGAGGAAAAGACGGUCCCAGAAUUCCUGUGGGACCGGCCAUUGCCCGACAGACCCUACGUUACGGAUGUGGCUACGGGUCGCGAGCACUCCUUCAAACAGGCACGAUCGCUGAGCCAAAGGCUAGGUCAAGGUCUGGUUGAGAAGCUGGGUUGGAAGAAGGGCGAGGUCAUGUGCAUCUUCUCUGCGAACACAAUCGACUUUCCCUGUGUCGUCUCUGGAGUGCUGAUGGCCUCUGGUGUCGUCACACCUGCCAACCCUGCGUACCAGGUGCACGAGCUAGUGCAUCAACUCAAAGACUCCGGGGCCAGGGCGCUCACUACGCAUCCCGACAACUUGGCUAUCGCUUUGCCGGCGGCUGAUCAAGUGGGCAUCCCUCGCAGCAGCGUCUUUGUGAUUGAGCCAACGGCCAAGGAUGGUAUUCAGUCUUGGAUGAGCCUGCUUGCAUCGAAGGAGAUUGGUUUCGAGCGUGUCCGCAAAGACACCAAUGUUGAGACGGACCUCGCCUUCCUCGUUUAUUCGUCCGGUACUACAGGCUUGGCCAAAGGCGUUAUGCUUUCACACCGCAACAUUGUAUCGAAUGUGCAAAUGAAUGCCGCCGUUGACGGCAAGUACUUCACAGCCGAGACCGUUGUUGGCGCUGUUCUUCCCUUCUAUCAUGUCUUUGGACUGACGUGCAUCAUGCAGCUCGGCUUGUACAAACAGGUCAGACUUGUUGUUUUCAAGCACUUUGAGCUCGAGGUCUUCCUGCAAGCUGUGCAAAAGUUUGGAAUCAGCUUCAUGCACAUGGCACCUCCCAUGGUGUUGCGUCUCGCGAAGGAUGCCAUCGUUGACAACUAUGACUUGUCGUCCUUGAAAAUGAUCAACUCGGGAGCCGCUCCUUUGAGUGCGUCCUUGACUAAAGAGGCUUCUGCACGCAUCAAGGUGCCUAUCAAGCAAGGCUACGGCCUGACUGAGACAUCACCUACGAGUAACGCACAGGACUGGGACCAUUGGGAGAAGUUCAUGGGCUCAGUCGGUCCCAUGUGCCCCAAUCUCGUCGGUAAGAUUGUAUCUGAAGAUGGCAAGGAACUUGGUCGCAACGAAGAUGGAGAGAUCUGGUUCAAAGGCCCCAGUAUCAUGCGCGGCUACUUGAACAACCCCUCUGCGACAAAGAAUGCCUUGACGGAAGACGGCUUUUUCAAGACUGGUGAUAUCGGCCGAAUUGAUGACCAGGACAAUCUCUACAUCACCGAUCGCCUCAAGGAGCUCAUCAAAUUCAAAGGCUUUCAAGUGGCGCCGGCAGAGCUCGAGGGCUUGCUAUUGACGUACCCAGACAUUGCUGAUGUCGGCGUCGUCGGCGUAUUCGAUGAGUCACAGGCGACGGAGCUGCCUCGAGCCUAUGUUGUGCUCAAGCCUGGCGUGGAAAAGAGGGCAAGUCACGCCAAGGAUAUCAUUGCUUUUGUUGCGAACAGGGUGGCGAAACACAAGCAGAUUCGUGGAGGUUGUUUCAUAAUCGAUCAGAUCCCCAAGUCGCCGAGCGGCAAGAUUUUGCGUCGCGUGCUCAGAGACAGGAACGAUCCGCUCGAAGUAAAGGCUAGAUUGUAG